AGUAGCACUCAGUUUUUCAGUUCGGUUUUGUCUUUCCACAUCACUCCCAUUGUCGUCUUCACCGUUUUUGUUAGGUGAAUGUGUCUGCGCACUGUACCUCGUAGAACAAAGUUGGUCAGGUACUUAACUACAUAGGUCGUGUAUAGUGCCUGCGUGGGUUUGCAAAGAAAGAAGCAAUUGCACGAAUUGGCACCUGAAGAAAUGUAAACGACCGACUCUAUCUUUUCCAGAGCGGAAUCAACAACAUGGCGAAGCGACAGACGUCCAAAGCGACACCGGCGGCACGGAGCGGAUCGAAGUCAAAGCCUCGAGUGAGCUCUUCAGCGCCAUCGUCUGGGAAGGUAGAUUGCUUUUUCGUAAAGUAGAACUUUGAACUUGGUUUCUCAACAUCUAUUGUCGAUUUCUUUGGUCCACCUUUACCUUUUUUGAGUUUCGUCUGUGUCUGCCACAGAUCGAAGAACCAACAAGUGCUAAGAGAAACACAAACAUGUUGCUUGAUCAGGUCAAGGAGGUCACUAAGCGCGAGGCAAAGCAAGCUGACGUCUCGAAGUCUCCCCAGCGGAAUAAAGAAAAUAAGCCUCCCGGCGGGGGGAACAAGGAGAAACAUCACAGCAAUGAAGGAGCUCGCGCUCCUAUGUCAUCCUCAUCUACAAGUUCGAAGGCACCUGUAGCGCCUCCCACGGCAGUUGUACCGCCGCAGCAGCCGCAGAGGACGCUGAAUCUCCUCGCAUGGGGAAGGUUUUUUGGGUUAAGGGUUGAAAAAAUUAAGGUUUACAUCAGGGUUUUGGUUCGUGGUUUCAUAGAUUUCGCAGCCCCCGCCUUUGUCCCUCUUCGCACCGCCCGGCAGUUGUCCAGGUGGUGCCUUGGUUCGUAUUUCGUCUGGCUGGCAAAACCAAAGCCGCCGGGCCUUCAGAGCUGAAGGCCCUUCUACCUUGAUGCCGAUCCAGAUUUUGUGCGAGGUGUCGCCACAAUUCUGACGAGCGCACGCUGGCUGAUUUGGGGGUCAGCAUUUCCCUCGAGAUCUAGGCUGGCAUCUACGCCAGGCAAGCCGCCUCGCCUCGCGCGUUACUUGGUACGCGGAGCAGGCUGCCCGGCUUUUCUGCCUCCGGAUCUCGUUCCGCAAUCUUGCGGGACAACGUUCGGAGGCAGAGGUAGAUCACCAUCCUGGCCAGCCAAAGAGAUGCUUGCCCCUGUGAUGGCUGCCGCCAAAGCGGCAGGGUUUUGGUCAGGGUUUUGCUCCGAAAAGGCUCACCGCAAUCGAAGCAAAAACUUAUUUUUUUCGGGAGCUUCCCCCGAGCUAAUAAAAUAAGUUUUUGCUUUCGCUUUGCCCUCCUUUUUGUGGCUGAAAGUGUGGAGCUGUUCUGGGCCGGUAUGUUCGCCCACAUCGUGCCCAGACAACCUACCUGGCCCUGCAAGUUACUUGGGGCAAGUGACAGGGCGCCCGGUUGCUCUGCCUCAGGAUCUCGCUCCGCAAUCUUGCGGGACAAUGUUCGGAGGCAGAGGUAGACCACCCUCCUGGCCAACCAAAGGGACGCCCGUUUCUGAGGCGUCCGCCGCCGACCUCAUCUGCAAACCAAAACCUUACUUUAUUAGGUGGCGUUUCGGAGAAAAAAUAAUUAAGGUUUUGGUUUGGAGAUGAGGUCGGAAGCCCGGUUUUCCCGGGGCUUCCCCCGAGCUAGUACGGUAUGUCUUUGUCGUCAAAUCGGCCACCCGGGUGUGCGGGUCUAGGCAUGGCCAACAUCCGCCGCCGGAGAUUGACUGGGCAAAAUCCCGGCCACAACAAGAGGGCUGCUUUCCGGGGCUGCUUUCGGAGCUCGUGUUGAAAGCAAAAACUUAUUUUAUUAGCUCGUGUUUCGGAAGAAAAAAAACUAAGUUUUUGAUUUGAAAUGAGCUCGUUAUACCCAGCCGACAAAAGUCGGCCUCUCUUUUUGAGGUCAAGUUCCUACGGGCCGGCCAUGGCCAGCCUCCAGCCACUGCGAGUGGCCCAGCAGGAAGUGGACCGCAAAAAGAGAGGGCGAUCUUUGAGGUUGGGUUGUCGACCUCAUCUCCAAACCUAAACCUUAGUUUUUUUUUGUCCGAAACGCGACCUAAUAAAAUAAGGCUUUGGCUUGAAGAUGAGGUCGACGGCGGACACCUCAGAGCCAAGCAUCUCUGUGGCUGGCCAGGAAGGUGAUCUACCUCUGCCUCCGCACGUCGCCGCGCAAGAUUGCGGAGCGAGAUCCGGAGGCAGAAAAGACGGGCGCCCUGCCAUAUGCUCCAAGUAACUUGCAGGGCCAGGUAGGUUGUCUGGGCACGAUGUGGGCGAACAUACCGGCCCAGAACAGCUCCACACUUUCAGCCACAAAAAGGAGGGCAAAGCGAAAGCAAAAACUUAUUUUAUUAGCUCGGGGGAAGCUCCCGAAAAAAGUAAGUUUUUGCGUCGAUUGCGGUGAGCCUUUUCGGAGCAAAAGCCUGACCAAAACCCUGCCGCUUUGGCGGCAGCCAUCACAGGGACAGGCAUAUCCGUCGUUGGCCGUUAAGGUGCUCUACCUCUGCCUCCUCCCGUCGUCCCGCAAGAUUGUGGAACGAGAUCCGGGGGCAGAGAAGCCGGGCGCCCUGCCAGUUGCUCCAGGUGGCUUGCACGACGAAGCAGGCCGCCUCGACACGAUAUGGGCAAGCAUAUCGGCGCAGCUCGGCUUCGCACUUUCGGCCACAAGAUGAAGCACAAAGCGAAAGCAAAAGCGUACUUUUCCAGGUCGGGGGAAGCUCCCGGGAAAAGUAAGUCUUAGCGUCCAUGUCCGUGAGCCUCUUCUGAGCAAAACCCUGGCCAACCUCUUGCCGCUUUGGCGGCAGCCACUACAGGGACAGGCAUCUCUGUGGUUGGCCAGGAAGGUGCUCUGCCUUUGCCUCCGGACGGCGUCCCGCAAGAUUGCGGAACGGGAUGCGGGGCCAGAGAAGCCGGGCGCCCUGCCAUUUGCUCCAGGGAACUCGCAGGAAAAGGCAGGCCGCCAGGCCAAGAUAUGGGCGCCCGCGUCGGCCCAGUUUAGGCCACCAAGUUCGGCCGAAAGGGGGGGGCCAGGGCAGGGGCAAAGGCGUAAGCGUUAGUCCGGGGAAAGCUCCCGGAAAAAAUCAGAACCUGCUUCCAUUUUGGUGCGCUUUUGUCAUGAAAAGGCCCACCCGAGAACUUGCCGCCUUGGCGGCAACCGGGACCCGGCCAAACCUCCAGCCGGGCAGGCCCGCAGCUGCUCAGCCUCUUCCCCCGGACCCCGAUACGCGCCACCGCAGGAUGAGAUCUGGGGGCGGAGAAGCCGGGCCAGCAGCCCGGCGCCCCAAAUACCUCGCGGCGGAUGGAAUGCGUCUGGGGUUCUUCUGGGGAGGUGCCGAGGCUAAUAUCUUGGCCAGCAGUCCAGGUCAGCAGAAGCCGAGAAAAAUGCCGCCGCGGCUUCAUCGUAUUCACCCGGGGGAGAGGUUGGAAGCAGCAAGCGCGCGGCCUCCAUUUUGCCCGGCUUCUGCUGGUCUGGAUACCGGCCGAGAUGUUGAUAUCGGCGCAGCGAGCUUUUUCGGCUGGAUGGUCUGCGCUUUCCUUUUCCAUUCAGAGCGAGGAGAAAAAAAAUGAAAAAUCGCAAAUCAAAACCUUGACCAAAAACUUAAUUCUUUCAACCCCUAAUUGGGGUGCCGCAGCUGCAACCAGGUACAAAUAGGAGCAGCGGAGAACAACAAGCCCAAGGAGGAGCAACCAGUAGCAAAGCGUCGCAGCACCAACCUGCAUCGAAGUUACAGUUUGGUCCCAAGAAGGUUGUAGAAGAGGAGAAUCAGGAGCCAGCUCCAUCAAAAAGAAGUAGACCAGCAGAGCGAACGAUUCUCGCUGCUCCUGCUGUAUCAUCCGGUUCAACGUCAAAAGCCACAGCGUCCAGCGCGUCAGCGCAGAGACCGAAUGACACCGCAGGAAUAACUUCGUCUGCAACUACGAGAGUGUCGGUUCCAGCAACACCCGGAAGCGGAGACGCUGGAACCACGAAGCGUGGGCGGGGUCGUCCGAGGAAGCACCCUUUAGCGGAACAACAAACUCCGAUUGAAGCUCCCUCGGAUGGAAAUGUCGGGGCAUCGAAGCCGCCAAAGAAGAGUAAGACGCCACCCGGAAGAUCCGCUGAAGUUGUGAAAGGAGAAAGUGGAAAGCGGACUGGUGGUGCCUCAUCAUCGUCUUCGAAAGUGGCUACGGCAAGCACAAGUGUCGUUCCUCGCGAAGUAGUACAGAUAAUAGCCGCGUCUGCGUCGUCGUCCUCGUCACAAGUAAGACCACCAGCAGCAACUACUGCAAGUGCAACAUCAUCGAGCUCGAGCUUUGUAGCGCCAGGUCUGCGGGAUCGGGAUCAGAACAAGCAAAACAAGAAGCAGAUGAAAAUGAAAGACGAUGUGCAAGAACCGGAAGAUUAUCACACUCAUAUGAGGAGUGCCCCCGCGGGGACGACGAGUACCUCUCAAGUAAAACUUCCAGGCGGUUACCCACAAACUGUAACUGCUACCAGAACCGGUACUGUGUCAGCAACACUGACAAGGGCUGCGGCAGAUAAUGUGGCAAAAAAAGCUGCAGUCGAAGUCGAACAACUCGCAGUGCCGCCCUCUCGAACUUCUAAAUCAGCACCUUCACAUCGAAGACCCGACGAAUAUCGUAGCGACGAGGGAGAUAGACACAAAGAUCACAAAAUCUCACACGAGAAGGAAACCGAAAAAGAAAAAACAAAACGAUUAGCGCACACCACGUCUGGCGUGCGCGACACGGUCACAGGUAAACGCCUCGGCAGCGUUCCUGUAUACUUCUGCAAGAAGGAGCAGCGAGCCUUCUACAUCGUCGACAGACAGAGGGUGUGGGUCGAGCGGCAGCAGUACAGGACAGUUGACGAUGUAAGAAAUCCUGCCGGUUUAUUUCCUCAUGAGACGCACGAAAAGAAAACGAGCCGAGGCAGUGGUCCUGGAAACGGCGCCGCCGGGUCUAGCUCUACUUCAUCUUCUGUGGCCGCAGUAAGGCCGUCUAGUAGUACAACAGCCUUUGGCGGAGCAGCAUCCUCAAGCCACACCCGUCCCAUGUUGCCACCGCCAGUAGUACCCGCUUCAUCAAAGAUUUCGUCGGCGGCGGUACCACAAGGGCCUGGUUGUCCCCUGACCAAGACAGCAAAGAUUAUGCCGGAAAAAGUCAGAACGCCUCCACGAUUUCAUGUUUCCGACGACGGAAUCAUCGACGAGUCGCCGUGCUAUUCGCCCGAACAGCCUCAACCCCUGUUGCAAGUAGGGAAACAAAUUCCUGAGUCCAUUGCGCGGAUGAGCCAACAAUGGAUGAGCAGCAUGUGGGCGUCGAAAUCGAAAAUGACCUCGAUUGGUCUCGUCCAAGACGGCGAAAAGAUGAACCACAGCAAAAAUUCCGCAUCUUCCGCACAAGCAGCCAGUGCGGGGCUCGACACGCCGAUCUCCGUCCCGAUAGACGCAGACCAAGGCGCAGACGUGCAGGCUGCGAACUUUAAUCAGUUCAGCUUUCAAGCAGAUCCGGUGCAGCACCAGCAGCCGGCGAUACUUGAAAAUGUGUACCCGGUUGGCUUCAAAAGCAGAACGAGCGGUCCAGCCGCCCCCGUGCCAGUCGAAGAGCAGAGUUGUGAGGGGAAAUCAGAAAACAAGUCCCCCGCAGAACAAGAUCUUGCGCCCAGCAGUGUUGAAGUGACGCCGGAAGUGAGUGUUGAGUCGGAUAACGAUCCUCUGCGAAAGACACCGAAGAACUGCUUCCUGGAUUCCAGAAACAUAACACUAGAUCGAGACGACCCGUACCCGCCGAUCGAAGUGGAAGAAGAAGAAGAAGAAGAAGAGCCACUACAACCUGCUCCUGCUGAAGAUCAUCAAGAUUGUUCAUCCGGUGGCGUUGCGGCGGCAGGUGAGCAUGAGGGAGAGCAGCUGGCGGCAGAAAAUCAAAUUGCUGCAUUUCGACAAGACGCGGAAGACGAUGACGUUGCGCUGGAACUGGAAAGUCCGAAAGUCGCCAAAAGUGCAGCAGAAGAUGAAGAGUUACCAGUGCUGCAACUACAGGAAAUCGAGGACGAAGAGAUGCUGGAAGUAGAGGUAGCAGAUGAAGGAAACGCUGCUGAAAGAUCUCCCGAUCCUGAAGAUCGCCAGGAUGCGGUUGCGGAUGUAGAGCAGCAUAUGCGUGAAGAAGCAGAACCAGAACGAGGAGAAAGUUCACCUUCACAUGACGGCGAGCAGGCGCUCGCGGUAGUACCGGCCGCACACGAGGAAAUUCCAACGCCGAAUUUAGCUGAAGAGGCAGACAACAUGUUGCGAGAAUUAGAACAAGAAGAAGAAGUUGCACGACAAUCUUCUGGUUCUGUUUCAGUGAGCGAUUCGCAAAUAGAGCAAGUAGGAGGUGAUAGUCACGCAGGAGUAGACCACGACGCACAGCCCGGUAAUAGAAACGAAGAUGAAAUCCUCGAAGACGAGGAAGACGCUGGCAGAGACAUAGCUGCGGACAGCAAGGAUGAAGCAAUCACUCCUGAGGAAGAUCAAGAUUCUGAGGAUGAGGUCGCAGACAUGUUGUCGCCAGCGCAGGACGGAGAAUCUGAUGCUGGGCCAGGAUUUCAGCAACAUCCAAGUGAAGAAGACGACGACGCAGAUCUGGAUCAAGAACAGUCUCCGGCGCAGGGCGCUCCUGCGAUGGAUCAGCACGACCCUGCGGACGAUGAUUCCGUUGCGCCCGACGAACCGAGCGAUGAAAGCGAACCUGUUUUGCACAUUGAAGAGGAACAAGCAGACAGAGGCACUUCAUCAUCAUCUUCGUCGGAGCGAGAAGUUGUAGCACCACAGAUGAGCGAGAGCGAGAGCGCGGUGGUGCCUGAUGAAAUAGCGGAGCACGAGGAGGAGGCCCCUGCUGUCACAGCGGCAGGAGUUCUUGCGCAAGAAAUAGUCGAGCAUGCCGAAGGCGAUCUGGAGGACGGGGACGAGGAGUUCAGUGCUGUGUCGCGUGAACAAGAAGGAGGCGACGGUUUUUUUCCAGCCAACGAAGUAGAAGAAGACGCCGACGAUGCGCGCGACCUGUCGCCGCUGGAGCAGGAAGAUUUUUCCUCGCACAUGGAAGAAGAAGGUUCCUUUCAUUCUGGCGAAGGAAGCGUAGGGGUGCAAGAAGAUGAGCAGGAUCGUGUUCAUCUUCCCCUCCACGGCCAUCAUCAUCACCAUCAUUAUCAAGAUUCGUUCGCUGGAAGAGGUUAUUUUGACUCGUACCAAGACGACAUCGAGAGGAAUAUGCCAAUGCUGCAUACGCCGAGAGGACCGAGGUUCGAUCACGGGAGCUUCGAUCAGAGGGGGGAUCAGCCCAUGGUGUUUCGCGGGACAUACUUGUCUCCCAUCACGGAAGUUGAGGAGAACGACCUGGAUGAGUCGGAGAUUCACGAGAUCCGAAAAGAGUGGUCCGACGAAAAUAACGCGGCGUUGCAGCAGGACCAAGUCCAAGGAGAUGGAGAGCAAGAAGAUGGGACCCCGCCGCAUGGUACAGAGUUACUAGAGGAAAAAAACGACGACGACAUCGAAAGUCACCGGAGCAUCGAAGACGGCGAGGACCGUGGUGCUGAAAACGACGUCGACGAAGGAUCUGCGUUGGGUGCACAGAUGUUGAGAGACGAGCAGCCGAGAGGUGAACAGCUUGUCGAAGAAGAGGAUUGCAUGGAGGACGAAGAUCUAGGCGAAGCCCCGGAAGCAGACAGUGGCUUUUUUCGCAUGGAUUUCGACGAGGAAGACGAGGAUGGUGCAGAAGAAAACGUCGAGAAACUACUACCCGAAGGGCAAGAGAAGGCGCGUCCCCUACUAGCCUUGACGCGGAAGAACCUGAAUGCGAUCGAUUCUUUCGAAGAGUCGAUGUCAGGGGGGGAGGAGAACGUGAACGCUGCAGACGAGCGUCAGCAAGAUCAGCAAGAACGCCAGUUGCAGACCACUGCGUUACAUGCUGGUGCAGCCGAGGUCGAAGGUGAAGAGGAACCGCUAUCUGCGCUUGACCUUUUUCAAGACAGCGAAAGUCCGUACUCUUCAAGCGCAGGAGAGGAAAGGGUCGAAAAGAGCCAUCAUGACGGUCAGCGCGCGGGUGAAGAUCUACCAGCGGAGACAGGCGAGCCGGUCACGACACUGGUAGAAGAAGCCGGAGGCAAAACGCCUACUUUCGGUGUCAGCGCCGAAGAUGACAGUGUGGUUGAGCAGGGGGAUGACCACAGCAAGGAACAAUCAGAGAACAAAGCUUCUACCCCUGCCUCCGAGCAGAAACAAGGUGAAGCAGAAGCUGCAGUCGCCCCAAAUGCGGUAGAUUAUGCGGAAAUAAGGAACACGUCGCAGAGAAAAUCCAAAACUCCUUUGUCAAGAAGACAUGAAUUCUCUUCCGCCUCAAAGUCGAAUAAGUCGGAAAGGGAAAGCGUGGCGCAGCCAUCGAGCGCGCACAAGGAAGAGCUGUCGCAGAGUGCCAAGAAGAAGAAAGCUGACGACGCAGCGGUCGAUGCGGUGUUCCGCUUUCUGGACAACAUGAACGCCUCCGCGAGCCGGUCAGCGAAGAAACAAAACCACGACGGCGCGAAAAACGAGUUUGCGGACGAUGCUCUCGGAAGUACAGACUGCAAGGAAUUCUCCAGUUCCUCGGCCGCUUCGUGGUUCGGCGGAGCGGGCGGAGCGGCAUCCUCGUCCUCCACUACCGCACAACGACCCGAGUUUUUCGGCGUGUCCUACCCGACCUCUUCGUCUCUGUUUGCCCUUCCAGCACAAGGGCUCUUCAGCGACGAGGAGGCGCCACCACUGAACCUCUAUCUGCAAGCCGAGGACGGGCGGCGGAUUCCAGCCGUGAUUCCAGGAAAUCCAGCGCGGCUCGUGCCCCCGUCGAACUUCGGAUCCUCCAAUCAGGAGCUCAACGCGGGCCCCGGCGGUGACAAUGGCACGAGUGUCUACAGCAGGAGCGUAAUGUCUUCAAAUCUAGCCGAAGAAAGUGAGAAGCAAGAGGAUCCGACUCCGUAUCUCUCGGUUUCCGCGGGUGGCGACGCAAUUCCACCCGAGGAAUCUGUGGAUCUCUUGCCAACGUCAGGGCUUUUCCGGACCAGCCAGGAGGAACAGUCGGACCAGUACGUGGACUUCCACAGCUGCAAGAGCCCCCGGCGUCUGCGGUUUUCCAUGCUCCAGGAGGCAUCGAACGGCGGGGCCGGGGCAGACGCAGAGGGAACUGCUCAGGUUGCGACCCUGCACGCCAGUCGCUCUUUGCCGGGAAAAGGGGACGACGAGGAGGACGAGCACAAGGACAUUCCCGCUGUCGAACCACAAAAAACAGAAGCAUCUGCAUCUUACCCCGAUGUUGGCUUUCUUGAAGAUGACGGAGUCGAAGAUGUCGGGGCGAAAAGUAAAACCCCGCGUGCUGAUCUUGAUCAUGAAGUCGGAGCGGAAAGCGCCGGGCUCGAAGAGUUCUAUCUUCAACAACACACUUCUGCUCCUGCAUGGGAAGAAGCGCAUGAGGGAGGGAAUGCGGCACAGAACGAAGUAUCUUCUCAAAAAGUGAUUGAUUCGAAGAACGCUCAACAAUCGGGCUCUCCCGCAUCAUCUUCUUCUCGUCCCGCUGCAAAUGUUGAGGACCAGCAGGAACAACAGAACGGAAACAGCGAGAGCAGCUACGAGGAAUCGCCGUACGAUUACAAUUCGUCCUCGGUUUCCGGGUGGGAAUCGAGCCCGGAGCGGCAUACGUAUCUGGGUGGAGGAGAUUACGUCUACUACAACUACGAGAGGCACGACUUUGGUCAGUCGAGCGAGGUAGGAGCGGCAGCAGACCAGGACGACCUGGACGCGUUUCAAUAUCAGCCGCAACAGCAGCAGCACUUUCAGUACAAUAAUGAGUGCAGCGAAGAAGACGACGACGCCAACGCGUGGUGGAACUGCUCGUCCCCGUCCCUGCCGCGCAUGAUGCCCCCGCCGCCCAACAUGCUGCCGCCGCCCGCAUUUCAACAACCCGGCUUCAUGAACCAAGCGCCACCGGCGGAAAUCCCCUGUGAGCAGCUGACGUUCUUUCUCGCGCCGGUGCAAGGUUGCCCGGAAAGCGGGGAGUUCGUUGCAAAUUUGGGCAGUAAAGAGGUUCCAGAUGGUGAAGCCGCCGUCGCGGAACAACUCGAAGCUGCCCCUCCUCUACUAGAGAAUUGCAAAGAGGAAGCAGAGGUAAAUGUUGCAGGCUCAGUGGAGGAACCCCCAGCUUCACUACCGGAACUGGAAGUACAAGUAGAAGAUCCAGACGUCGUGCCCGCCGGAGCCGUUUGCGAAGAUCGUGCGGUGUCCCCAGCAGGAGCACAACAUGCUGCAAGUAACACUCCACGGUCUACUUCCCGGAUGGCGCCGUCUCCAAUCCGCAGUCAGUCCCGCAAGCGGACGCGAGAGGACUUGGAGGAGAUGAUUGACGGUCUGAGCAGCGUGAGUGAAGAGACGCCCCAACAGGAGCAGGAGAGUGUUGCAAGUGUAAAAAAAGAGAGGCAUUCUUCCAAAAAACUUCUUUCCGCAGCGGACGCUCCGGCGGACGAGCAGGAAUGGGUCCCGCCCGUGCUCAAGCGAAGACGCAUUGAGCAGGAGGGAAAUGAAGCAGACGCGGAGACUUCGAAGCACGUAAAGAGCCUACUUGGAGAAGUUGUAGCGAACAACCAGCAGGUAGUAGGUGAUGCGAGCCGCAGCAGCUCCAAAUCCUCUCCUUCUGCCGCAUCCCGACGCGUAGCCUCCUUGGGAGUGGAUUCCCCGCCUUCCGCUGUUGUGAACAUUUUUCCUGCUGAGAAGAAGGUAAUUGUACCCGAUUUGCGUCUGGGCGGUUCGCUGGUUGAGAGAAAAGAUGGAGAUGCAUCUUCAAACGAGGCAGAUGCAGGCAAAGAAGAAGAGGCAGAAUUCUCCCCGCACGAUGAACAGGGGUCGCCGCAGGGAAGCUGUCAAAGUGAACUUUCCACAAAGCGUCGGCGUGUUUUGACCACGGUGACACCCCCGUGCGCCAGCGUCCGCGUAUCACCGAAAAAGAGUAGGGAGUCCCUUGUGUCGCGGGGCGAAUCGAUCCAGCGUUCCUACGCCAGUGUCGAGUCCAAGUGUAAAUCAAAAGAAUCAUUUGUCGAAGCAGAAGCGGCUUCCUCCGCAUCGGCUUCCUCGUCACCGGGGCAAGAGCAGGAAGGGGCAACAAAGCAAAAGCAUGGUCCUGCUGGUGAUGCAGAAGCCUCGUCGUCCUCUGCUAGUUCAUCCUCCUCCUCCUGGCGCACGCCCAAUGCAGGCGGGCGAACGGACAAGGAUCCCGCAUCUUCUUCCGCCAAAGAACUACCGUACCACAGCGCCAACAAGUCGCCACGGGAGGUAACGCUAGAACAAGAGAAGGCGGCACUGGAGAAGGAGCUGCAGGCGUUGCGCAGGCAGCGGAUGCACGAGACCGCGCAGCACGACGACGUGGGCGACCAGCUGCGGAGUCUGCUGAAAAGCAAGAAGAAGUUGCAGGAGGAGCUGGACCAAAAAACGAACCUCUCCGACGCCCUCCUGGCGGAGAAAACGGAGCAGUCCGAGAAGGUGACGCACAUGGAAACCCAGAUUGCGCAGCAGCAGGAAAACAUCCAAAAUCUGCAGACGGCCGAGAAGCGGUUGGAGGCCAAGUUAAGUUCGAUGAAGGACCAGGAACUUGCCCGGCGUAACCGGGUCUUGGAGCAGCGUGUGCAAAAAAUGGAGCAAGAUCUCGAAUCUGCCGAAAAGGAAAGACUGCGGUUUGCCGGUAUAAAAUGGGCUUUUUUCAUGCCUGUCCCUGUUCUCAUAGGAAUGAAGCGCAAUUUUGUUCAGAAGUACGAAGUUGUGUCAUCUGUCAAAUAUGCUCCCGCGCUAGUAUGAUGUGUAAAUUAAAAUCUCCAGACCAAGUCAAUUCGGGUAGCUUGGCGCGUAACCUAGAGCAGAUCGGGUCUCUCAGUGUGCCUCCUCCGUCUUCUUCCCGCACGCCGGGCCGCUCGCUGCUCGGCGCUCUCGAGAGGCCAGAAAGUCUCCUGCGACGGCGAAAAUCGAGUAAGAACCCUGGUACAGGCGGGGGAGCGGCGGCGUCUUCCGGCGCCAGUCUCCUCAGUCGUUACCAGUAGAAUGGUCAUUUUCGCGGUUAUACUUAGGUGUGAACAAAAUGGAAAACGUUUAUCAAUGGAUUACAAAAAAAGUAAAAACAAAAAGCGUACAAGAAAAUACGAAAAUAAACUAUAUGCAAGGAGCAAAAGCUUAAGCCUUUCUAAUGCGGGUAAGGCAUUGUUGUCACGUACAGGUACAGUAAUACUAGCAGAUCUCACUCACAGUCAAACACCAGGCAGAAAACGCAAAGAAGGACGAUGACAAAGAGAAUCAGAACCGAUUCAUAUCGACUCAUUGAAGUGGGUUUACGUUUACAACUACUUUAACUAGGACGGUCAAGACAAGAAGGAAAGUCACGUUGAUUGUACGAUGAUCAAACAAGGUUCCACCAAUGGUGCUAUUGAUUGUUGCUUGUAUUCCUGGUUCACUGUGGGCAGCUCGUGCCGCUGUCCUGCUGAAGUCUUUACAAGCUCUCGAGCGGAAUGUGUCGACCUGCGAGACCAC